UUUAAACCCUACAUUUAAAGAGGGAGAUGUAUAACAUAUCUACCACAAGCCGCUGCCCUGUAGCCGUUAUAGCGCUGUGAAGACGGUUUGGAUCUCAUCUACAGCUCCAUGAUGUGUGAGAGUCGCGUGUUGUGCUUGCUGAUGGUGCUGCUGGCCGCCCUGGAUUCAUUUCCAGCAUCAGCAUUCAUUCUAGACUCAGGCGACGUGAACCCCAUCUGCAAGACGACGACGGAAACACUGAUUCCCCACCCGGCUAUGUGUGCCCAGUACUACAACUGUAGUGCGCCCGCCAUGAAAAUACAUCGUUCCACCUUAGAACAGAACCUACAGGAAUGUCCCUUCCCGGAGUUGUACAACCCUGAAACACAGAGAUGUGAACACUACAGCAUGGUCACGUGUGGCAACAGGACAGAGCCCCUGGGGAAAUGCGAGUAUGCUCAGCACGCGUGUGCUGGGGGCAAGGACUGUGGGCCACCCUGUUUCAUCAACAACCCCACCUGUAGGAACCUCGCCGACGGCCUCAACGUCUACGAACAUCGCCCCAACUCUCGUAACUACGUUGAGUGCCUUAAUCAGCGACUGCUCAAAACUGGCGUGUGUCCUAAUUGCGACCCGGGGAGCCCUAUUUUUGACGCAAAUUUGCGUGCCUGCGAGUGUAGAUAAAAAAUGCAUUGUUUAAAAAAUCACAAUGUCCAGUAAGAAAUAAAAAGCAUGUAAACAUUG